GAGCUUUCGUCGCACGGUCACACUCGUAGUAUUGUUUUUUUCGCCAAUUCAAUUGCAUUUUUUCGCAACCUUUUAAAUUAAAAGCAAUAAUCGAAAGGGCCAGUUAAUAGUGUUUUCAGACCGCAGCUCCGGGGACACGGGCAACAAAACCAUGACCGAGAAGUACGACGGCAACGGUGAAUUUUCCGCCUUUAACGACGAUGAGGAGUUCGGCGGCAAGCCACGUAAGUCAGGUGGUUCUAUCGGAGCACCCGGUGGCGCCCACAACGGUGACAGUUCUGCCCACGAUCACGGUCACCAUGGCGGAGAUCCCGGCGGCAGUAUCCAAAUAAAUGAGAAGGCCAAUGAGUACAUACGGGACUGUAUGGUGGAGCGAAAUCGCAUGGACAGAAAGUUCCCCAUUGCGGAGAAGCUGCUGGAGGGCGAGAUUGAAAAAGUCCAGACCACAGGAAGGAUUCCAUCGCGAGAGCAAAAAUACGCGGAUAUAUAUAGAGAGAAGCCUCUACGCAUCUCGCAGCGUGUUUUAGUUCCCAUUAGAGAACAUCCUAAGUUCAACUUCGUGGGCAAACUGCUGGGACCCAAGGGCAACUCACUUCGCCGGCUGCAGGAGGAGACGCUUUGCAAGAUGACCGUCCUGGGACGCAACUCCAUGCGCGAUCGCGUCAAGGAGGAGGAGCUGCGCAGUUCCAAGGACCCUAAGUAUGCUCACCUCAACAGCGACCUGCACGUGGAAAUAUCCACAAUUGCGCCGCCCGCCGAAGCCUAUGCCCGCAUCGCCUACGCCAUGGCCGAGCUGAGGAAGUAUCUGAUCCCGGACAGCAACGACAUCAUCCGGCAGGAGCAGCUACGCGAGUUGAUGGACAGCACUAGCCUAAACGACAACGAGAAUGCGAAGAGUAACUACAAGAAGACUUCUCACAUGCAGGGAGGGAACAAUGCCAUGGGUGGCGGCUCUGUUAACACCAUUGGAGGGGCCAAGAACGCACCGCAUCAUAGUUAUAGGGGCUCACAGCAGUCUUCGUUCAGCAAAAAUGUGCUUGCUCCCAAGCAGAAAGUGAUGUCCAUCUUGGAAAAAGCCCGGACUGCCAUGGAUGAAACGUACGGUCGCGGCUAUGACGACGGCAUUGGGUAUGACCCGCACCAGUCAUACGAUAGCUACUCCUACAGCAGUCAUGGCCAUGGAUCCCACGGACCGCCGGCUAACAUUCUGGGCGGAGUGGGUGGCAUAAGCGGUGGCGGUGGGCGUGGAGGACAUUAUGAGAGCUCGGACUAUGAGCCGGAUUAUGGAAGACGAGAGUACUACCAGCAUUCACCGGGAUAUUCAGCUGGUGGCGGUGGAGGAGGUCUGGGCACCGGCGGCGGUUCACAGUCGAAUGCUAUCGGUGGUUCCGGGCUUAGUUCGAAUCACAAUCGCAGCCAUGUUAACAGGUGAAAUUUGAUGGAUUCCAACAGUGCCAGCGGAGGUCGAGCCACCAAUCCAGCGGCAGCCACCCUAAAUCUGACCAUGAAAUCCCAACCCAAUAGUAACAGCAACAACUUUUUGCCCAAUCACGGAGCAAGUGAGUGCCACAAUGGCAAGAACAUAAAUCCAAAUCCCAACUACUACUAUAAUUCCAACGGCAGUUCCAAGCUAAGUCAGCAACAACUACAGCAGUCGCAACCAAAUCUCCCACCGCAGCUAUCAGCCCAUAACAGCAAUAACAGCCGCAGCAACAAUAACACCAGCAACAACAAUAAUUGCAAUAGCAACUUUCACCAAAUGGGUGACAAAAACUCUAACGACGUUUCAUUUCUAUCCUCCUAUCGACCUAAUCCAAUGGAUGGCCAAAAGAGUGCCAACAGCAACAACAUCAACAUCAACAAUCACACACUAGGCAGUAAAAACCACAACAACAACAACAACACCACCACAACAACCGCUUCAGUGCCCAAUAUGCUAUUAGUAAGACCUGCUAAUCCUUCGCUACAUAUUGGCACAUUUCCGUUCUUGCCCGUGCAGUUUUUCUGAAUCUAACAGAUACAACAGCUACAACCAGAACAACCAAAUCGAAAACAACAUCAACAUCUACAUCAUAGAAACUUUGUACACUAGAGUUCAUAGGAUUAGAGGAAGAAGGCGUAGGAGAAGUAUUUACAAAAUGGACAAAUGAACUUUACGAUAUAUACCACAUACAAAAAAAACAUAUACAUAACAGAUAUAUUUAUACAUAUAUUUUUGCGUGCAAGGAUUGACGUUUAAUGAAGACACGAGGCUGGAUCAACAAAUCGAGUCCUUACUUUCACGUUGGCUAUUAAACACACACACAAAACUGUGUCCGGUUUUUUAUCUCUAUUUACAAACCAUCUUUAAGAUAUUCAAAGAGCCUGAACGAUAAGUGGGAGCUGAAAUCGGUCGAGAGGAAUCGAAAUCGGAUUCGGAUUCGGACUCCGAAUCGGAAUCAGUAGUUAAGCACAUACGGCUCAGCUCAAAGUUGAGCUGGGAUAGUCUGGCAUAUUGGUUACAGAGCGAAUCCAACUGAUACAGCAAGACAGCAGUCGGUCGAGACAAAAUCUAUGAGAUUAAUUAACUUAAUAGAAUAUAUAAUAAUUAAUACAGAGGGCACAUUUAAACUAUAAUUUUAUUUAUAUAUGCAUAUAUUUAACAAAAACUAACGAUACAGAUAAAGAAUAUAUAUAUAUAUACAUAUAUAUAUAUACACUUACAAAUUCUAAUAUUUACAUAAUUAACAAAGAUCAACUAACCGCAUGUUGACACGAUAAAGUAACAGAUAAACUUUAAAAUACCUUAAUGAAAACUAUCUAAUACUCGAGCAUUCAGAAUAAAAAUAUAUCGAAUACUAAAGAUCUACAAAUAACUAAAAAAAUACAAAAGUAUAUAUACAAGAUUAUUGUGAAACAAUGUCCGUAAAUGGAUAGUGCUGCAAAUGAUUACUUUAUUAAAACACCAGAUACGAAAACAAUAACAGAGUAAAGAGAAUACUAAAAUGCGAACGUAAGAAUAACACAUACUCGAUUUACUUAUACACAAAUACAAAACUAAAGCGACAACGUAACACAAACUAAAUUUAAUAAUGUAAUAACAAUGUAAUUCAAUGUACUUAACCCAUUUAACCCAUGACGCCGGACAAAGCAUUCAGCGCGGGAUUCGUUUACCUUUCUCACUUUUUGGUUCCCCAAUUGUUCAACAAUGAGUCGGCUGCUUUGUCCAGCUGUCUGCAUUAAUCAUAUACUAAACUAACAAAAGUAACACUUAAUAUAAUUUUAAUCGACAGCUCAAGAUUUUGUUUUCCGUUUAAUUACCCUGAAUUAGUUUCUAAAUUAAAGAAUUAAAAAAUUCUGCGUAGAGCUUAAGUAGAACCAAGAAAGUGUGCCAAAUGUUUGUAGGAAGGUGAUCCCUUCCAAGGUCUGAAAUUACCAAUUGAAAUGCCAAUUUAUAGAUAUUAUCAUUUUUUUAUACGUAUUCUUAUUUGAUAUUCUAAGCGAAUCAAUUUGACUUUACUAACGCAAUGAAAAAAAAAACACAUCUACUCGUAAAAACGAUAUCUUGUCCAAAAACCUUAAGAAACAUUUACUUACAACCAUGUGAAACGUUAAAUUGUUGAAAACAAUUAAAAUCUAGUUUUAAAGGAAUAUCAGUAAAUACAGAUAAUACAAAGGAAUUACAACCAUUUAUUACAAAUAAUUAUUGUUGUUACAAAUUAUACAGAUAACUAAUAUGAAUUAUAACAAAUGCUACUUUAGGGCGGUUCCAAGCCCCAGAUAAUUUAUGAUAAAACAAGUUAAUGAAAUAACCGAACAACAAAAAAACCCCCCGCCCUAACAACAAUAAGAAUAUAUACACUUAUAUUAUAUAUAUCUACAAAAAUGAAUUAAAAGAAAUAAUAUAUUGCGAUUGAGUUAUUCUCAUUAAUUAUUAUAUGUAAAAUCAAAUAACACAAGUAAUUAAUAAAUGAAUAAAUAAAUAUAUUUAAAAUGUAUCGAAAAUCGAAAA